AGACACACUUGGGGAUUUAAAGGAAGCACACAAGAUAAGGUUCUAGGGGAUUUUUCCAGCUGCUUUUUUAGCAGAGACCAAUCUCCUCAGUUUGCAUCUGAGGUACAGUAUAACAGAUUUGGACGGGUCAAUACCUUCCAGCACUCCACGUAAAGUGUUUACGACCGCCUUUGCCUUUGGACGGAGCUCUUCAGAAUCACUAGCUGCUGAAAGUGAGGAAAGCUUACUGUUCCAGUUCCUUUCCAUCGGACUGCCUCCAGCACUAGGCAUGCUCAGCAGCAGCUCCGUUCUGUCUCAGCCACAAGAACGGAGCGCGGGGGACUGCGAGACGCCAGCGUAAAGGCUAACGCAUCUCUACAAGGCAGUGAUGGCUUCUGCUGUACAGUUUUACUCCGGCUCAAAGUGCUGUGCCUAGAACAGAAACAGUCGCAAUAAUACAUCAUGUAUAGCGUGGAGGAUCUCCUGAUUUCUCACGGAUACAAACUGCCCAAAAAUGCUCCUUCAGCCAACAAGAAUCGAAACGCUGAUUGCCACCAUGAAAUCACAGAGAACAGGUCUGGUCACGCAACUGUGAACGGGUAUGAAACAGACACCGGGGCCUACGUUUACAGCAGGCAGGCUCCAGCAAAGGGCUACUUCGGUGAAAAUGAAUGCAGGGAGAGCAGCCAGAGGAGGAAAGCUGGCAGCGGUAACCAAGGUGACACACAGCCCUCGGGUGAUUUUCACACUGCAGAUGCAGGGUUCUAUGAUGGAUCUUCCGGAAUGUAUUCCUCACGGCAAAGGAGCGAGAGAGAUGUGGCCUACUGGAGAAGAAGAGGGCAAGAUUUCAGUGUUUUACUCAAUUACGCCGACAGUGGAGAACCGAGAGGAAAUAAUUCUUCAAAACCAGAAGGGGUGAGACAAGAGUUGUUUGCAAAGGAUCCGAAAAGUGAAAGAGAAAGUGCGUGCCUGAAAGAGCAAGAUGUGGUGCAGGGGAAACGGAUGAUCACUGGCAACAGGAAGUGGCAAAGCCUGGGCACAGAGGAGUGGAAGCCAGCUGUGGGGUUAGGAAGGCAGCUGUCGGACGGAGACGGAGACAAGCACUGCCACAGACCUGAGGGUGGUACCGUUCAUCCAAAAACAAAAGGAAAAUCUCAGUCGCUACCUAGGGUACUGUCACCAGAGAGCCUGCAGUUUGUAGGCAUGUCUGCAGCUACUCAGGAGACGUGCAGCAGCCAGAGACUCAACAGCAAAUAUCCUGAGGGGCCAGCUAACAAAGAACAAUGGACUGAAAACAGCCGGCCAGGGGCUCCCGUUACACUUUUACCAAAGCCCAGGUUUAGCAGGCCGCUCAAGCCCCCAUCAUACGAGGCCCACCAGCAGACGAGAGGGAGCUCGGAAAUGAUUGCUGGAGUCACAGACCCCAAGGCAAAAGAUGGAGCCGGAUCUUAUUUUUCAAAGCGUGGGGAAGCAAGGGCUGAGCCUUUCUCACAGGAGACUGCUGGCUCCAACAUGGAGCCUCCAGUUUACGUACCUCCUCCAUCUUACAAAACACCUUUUCAACAAAAAGGUAACCAAAAGACCUUUCAUGAAGUGCCUAAUCAGAAGUACCGGAGGGAGGUUCAGCAGGUGCCAGAAAGCAGAGAGACAGGGAAAUGGUUAUCAAGGGAGGCUGACAGCUCGUGGGUUGAACACCAGAAGGAUAAAAGUAUAUUAAGCAGGAAACAUAUGUAUCCUAGAUUUAUAGAUGACCACCUGGGAUGUAUUCAGUACAUACCCUUUGAUGAUCCACGUUUAAAACACAUGCCAGGGGGACCAUGUGGAAACCCCUUGACUGACUUUGACAAAACCAAGAAUAUAAAAAAAGAGAUGCCCACUGAUAAAGUUUUCGAACAAUCCACACAAGAUAGUGCCUUUUUAAUCCCACCGGGAUUAAUUUACGAUGUGGCGAGCAAAGCGUCCAAUACUGAACAUGCUAACAGCAAUAGAUGGCUUCGUGCUUCACAAAAAGGGAGUGAUAAUCUUGUAGCAUCUAACCAAAACUGUGCUCUGUACCAUAAAGAUCAAUCUAACCCUUAUCAGACCAGAAUGUCCAGGCAAUACCCACAACCAGAUCAAGGCUUUGCCGAAACUGAAACCCAAGUAAAAAAGUUUGAACCAGGCGCAGGAAUGGAGAGAAAAAGAAAUUCCAAAAGAACAUUGAAUGAGACCAUAUUCUGCCUGGUGUCUGUGCCGGUUCACUUGCAACCAAAUGGUCAGAGCUCGGAUCAGAAUAAUAACACAAUGACUCCGGGCACUGUGGAAAAUGCUGCUGGCAAAAACACCGGAAACUUACAAAACCAAACUCUCCGUAGCACGUCCUCAACGGACUUGGAGUUGCAAGCACUUACUGGACGCAUGAUGAACAACAAAGCUGGGAGGAAGCCACAGCCGAGGACAGACGCUGAUUACAAAGAGGUAGAUGGCCUCAAGACCAGCCAACUCCAGAAACACAAAGAACUUCGAUACUCUGGGUCUUGGCCUGGAGAUCAAUACAGAGACCAGGAGACACAAACAAGCUACAUUGAACCUCUACAAGGUGCUAAUCACGGUGCGCCAAGCAAUCAAGCACACAAUCAGUGCCAUUCCGAUUUUGAAGCAAAAGAGCUGAAUUUGGACACUGAGGGCAAUAGAUAUGUUCAGCACGGGUAUCCCAUGAAAGGUCAGAUGUGCCUGAACCCGUCCAGUAACAGCGCUUUUUCAAGAACAACCAAUUUCUCUAACCAGGUAAACAAGAGCACAGAACACCAAAUUCAACCCUCAGGAAAUCUAGGGGAGAAGGACAUUUCAGCAAUGAGAUGUGAAACUAAACCAUCCUCUGCCAGCAAUGGGAAAGCAGCUUUCGGUCAGUUUCUCCUGAAGCCGGUCAGCCGUCGACCCUGGGAUGCAAUCGAGGAGCUCGAAAGCAUCAACAAAGAGCUUCAGGAUCAGAUUGGGACCCGCGCUGGUGGUAACCAGUUUACAGGGGACCCUGAGAUGGCUUACGAAGGGCUUGUAAAUCUACAAAUUGGAAGCUGCGAUACUGAAAUUGUAAAUACAGAAGUGUGGGAUCACAAGCAGGUACAAUCAAGUCUACCAGAGCCAACCCCCUACAAAACCAGCAGAAUUCCACCGGACCCUGAAUAUAAUAACAUGAGUGAUGUUUCCCAAACCUCACUGAAGACAGUGGGCGUCAGUAGACUUGCACAAAAAAAUAACCCAAUUCCACAAGAGCAAAAAUAUGGAGACAUUAGGGAAGUUUCCCAGACUUCACUUAAGAGCGUGGUCACCAGUAGAACAUCAAAACAAGAUACCCCUUUUCCAUCAGAGCCUUUAUAUGGAGACAUUGACGCUGUUUCCCAAACCGCACUCAAGACUGUCAGUACACUGUCAAAGCAAGAUAAAAUAGAGCAUGUUAGAAAGAUUAAGAAGGACAUUUCUAUUCCCAAAGUGAACGGGGAGAAGAGGAGCUCAAAUAGUUUUGGCAUUGCCAUUAAAGACAAUAGCUUCCAAGAAAUAAGGAGCAUAAACUGCAAUAUCAAUACGCAACAAGAAGAAAGAAAGCGCGUCAAUGGUUUAACGGUGGUUACGUUUCUACCAGAUAAGGACACCACUAAUGAAAGCGAUGAUGAUGGUGAUGAUAAUGUGAGCUGUAAUUGGAUAACCCACAAGACAGACAAGACACAGAGUGCAGACCUAAGUGAACUGUUUGAAAUCAAAAGUGCAGAGGACAUCCCUGAAAACGAACCCUUGGAAGUGAGGGCUGCUAGGAUAUUAGGGAUAGACGUCCCAGUUGAAUCUCUGGGCAUUGCAGACCAGCUCUUGGAAUCGGACAAACCGGAGCCUUUGACAGAGAGACACGUGUUCACUAAAGGUGUAACAGAAUGUACAAAUGGAAAGUCGGGGCAUGUGAGAGGAGAGCUUGAGUAUAGCUGUGCAGGUGACAUGGCAGGAUCCGGGGUGUACGUCGGACAUAAGGAGGAACUUGAAUUGACAAAAGCAAGAAAAGAAAAUAAUAUCAUCUGUCUGCAGAUGUGCCAUGUUGAAAACAAAGUUAAAGGAGACCCAGAAAAUGGUGAGAAUGUCUCUGGCAAGUUUCUAGUGCCUGGUGCUAUUGAGGAAACGAUGGUCGCCGCCGCUCCUAACUCGGAUAAGAAAAGCAGAAGCACAUCGAGAAUGAUUGAGGCCCUGCAGGGUAAGCUGGCUUCCUCCCCAAGCCGGAGCGUAUUGGAGCGCAUGGUCAGGAUGAAAGAGGUGGACUCGGUGUCCCGCAUGAGACGCCUGAGCAUCAAGAGCUCUGACUCAGACGAGGCGGAACAUGAAAAAACACCUAAACAACUGCAGCAGGAAACGGGAGGUGUUUUUACCUUUACCACUCAUCGCGAGUCACUGAAUAACCACUCGUCACUGAAUAACCACUCGUCACAAGGGGCUGCUCUUACAAGAAGAAUUAUAACGCUGACCCAAAGAAAGGGGAGGCUACGAGAAGAUGAAGAAGGCAUUUACCUUUCAGAUUCCUAUGACCCCAGCAGAGUUGAAAGAGUGUGAGGCCUGAAUGACUGACAGACGUGAGCCUUGUCAUCCUCCUCCUCAUCAUCAUCAUCAUGGUCCUUUGAGAUCCAGCUACAGCACUGUGACCCGGCUGCCAACAAUAUUGCCUUCAUUCCAUCUAACCCAACACAGAUUGCCUUCUUCGACACAAGCAUUGUUUACACUGUGUUCUCCUGUUCUAUCAUGAGCGUGCUGUUCCACUGCCACAAGAAAGCAAUGCCCAAAGGGCCUCCAUUUCCUUGCUGUGAGUAAACAAAACGAAACUUACACUUAGACUUGCAAAACUGUGUGUGCUUCUCAUUGGCGGACCUUAAUGCAAUUCUGAAAUGCAAAACAAAUCUAAAACUGUUGCUAAUUGUUCUUGGCAACAGGGCACAGUUGUUAUUCAAACCAUGCUAGUAUGUCAGGUUCUCUGUGAACUGGUAUAUAUAAAAAAAAGGUUGAAUGUAAGUUCUCAAAGAAAUGUUGGUGUUUUUCUAAACACCAGAAUAGAAAGAGUUUCAUGUGAACAUUUUGUCAUAAUCAGUAUUAGCUUUUCCAGAGGCGAGUACAGUAAGAAGAGGUGUGUGGUUAAUAGCUUCUGAAGUCAAGAGAUUAAGGGGCUACAGCACUGUUUGUUUUUUAUAGCACUCUUUAGCAAAACAUACCCAUACUGUAUAUCUUGAGCAUUUCAAAAAAGAAUGCAGAGACACACAGAAAGUGAAUACUCACUAGCAGAAUUAUGCUGGAAACAUGUUGAUUCACAUUUCUUAGUAUUGAAUGUCAGCACAUGUGAAUUAAAUAGCAGGGUUCAUUACUAGUUCUGCUCCAUCUAGGUAUUAAUUAAACGCUUGAUAAAAGCUAUAUCUGUUGUAAAGUGCUCCAGCCACUAAUAAGCAACUCCUUUUGUUAAGUAUGUGUUGCAAGGACCUAUUCACAAAGCUUUAACUGGAGAGAUCUUCAAAGUGUUCUGAAUUUGAUAGAGUUUGGUAUUCAUUACAACAUUAAUCCCCUGUAGUCAUGGAACAAGCUAGAAAUUACAUAAAACUUUAUUUACAAGUUUAAAUAACCUAAGACAUAGUGCUUUAUGAACAGAGAUUGUAGUUUCUAAACUGAAAAGUGUCCGCAUAGGUUUCUUACAGUGAUCUAAACAAUGUACAUAAACAACUUAAGCAAUGAUUGUAAAGAAUAGAUUGUAAGGGCACUAAUUACAGACCUUUAGCUCAUUAGUUAUAUGUAAGAAUGUUUUUUCAGAGGCUGUUUUUUGUCUAAAAUAAGUUUGAUAGUAAAAUUGUUCUAGACUGUUGACUUAAACUCUUUCUUUAAAUAACUCUCACGAGUUAAUGCUUUAUGAAUAGGGCCCCAAGUUCCAUUUAACACAGUAUAUAUAUAUAUAUAUAUAUAUAUAUAUAUAUAUAUGUUUUGGUUCUUAUUACAGAUAUGUAUUUUUUUUAGAUCAUUUCACCAAAUCUGUAGCGAGCUACAAGCUGUACAAAGUAAACUGCAUUUUAAGAGAUUAUAUUUAACCUUUAAAAUGUUGACCACUUAUUUCAACCUUGAUUCAGCACAUAACUAUAUUAUCCCAAUUAUUUUAUCAUUGUGUUUCUAUGUUUUCAGAAGGCAAUCGCCCAUACUUAGUUUUGAAGUGUAUUUGAGUAUGAACACAUUAUACACUAGGUGUCUCUGAGAUGUAGUGCUGCCAACUACCUAGAUCUGUGGGGAACCUGUUUUUUCAAAAGUGUUGCAACCAUUCAGUACUUACCUAUAUCUGGAGAACCACAUGUCCAGUUGUCAUGAAACUUGCGAAAGACAUUCUUUAAAACAAGUUGAUGUGAGUGUAACGGGCAGAGUUGUGUGCUCUUUAGAACAGGGGUGCCCAAUCGCGGUCCUGGAGGGCCACUCCACUCAAAGUUUAACAAGUAAAAUGAUACAAUGAACUACUUCUGGGUCUGUCAAUUAAACAAUUUAGAACAGGGUUGGAGUGGAAGGGCCAGCUUUGGCCACCCCUGGUUUAGAACACUUGGUUCAUGUGAGUGUUGGAUUGUGGGGGAUAUGGAGAUACAGCAUCUGCCCAGCUCUCUGAGUGUUGGAUUGUGGGGGAUAUGGAGAUACAGCAUCUGCCCAGCUCUCUGAGUGUUGGAUUGUGGGGGAUAUGGGGGUACAGUAUCUGUCCAGCUCUCUGUGUGUCAAACUUACAUUUGCUCAUGUGCAUAAGGUGGAAGCAGGUGAUGGUGAUUUACUUCUUCACAACACUGAUAUCUCUAAUUGUGAAUUUCCAGCGGUGGCAGGUUUUCUAGCGAGUGGUACAAGGUACCUUGACUUUACUGACAUUGCUGUUAAAAGUCUAGCCAGCACCGAGCUCACUCAGUUAAAAUGGCAUUCCUUGUGUCCCCAUAUUGUCAGCAGGGUAACAACUGUGGGUUAAUCCUAAGAAGGGGAUGCCCUUCCCCAUUGCCUCAUUUAGCUCCGUUUCCCUCUUUUAUCAUUGCCAGCUCUGGAUAUGAUUUGUUCAAAUCGAAACAAAAAGUCAAAUUCCCCAUUGUAAUCUUCACAUGUAUCUGUGUUUUUAUUAUUUUUUAUCAUUGACUGUUCAUGUGUAUUUUUUGUUAAUACAAAUAAGCUGUUUCAAGUUUUAAACAAUAGCUUUUUUUGCCAUUAUGCAAUUGAAACAUUUUGCAUUUUUAUUGUAUGUAUAUGCACAUUACUUAAAGCAGUAUUCUACUUAAAAUUCAUUCUGGCAAUAAUAAGCUGAAUGGUGUUAUAGCACCUGGCAUCUGCAGAACACUGUAAUGUAGUUAAACAAGCUAUAUUCAAUUCACUGCUACUGGGUGACAAUAAUAAUUAAAACAUCAAUGCUCUAUACUCUAUUAACUCUAUACAUUAUUAACAUGCUGGCAUGACACACACCUCUUUAGCAUACUGAAAGCACAAUUGGAUUCAUAUUUUAUGUUCCAACCUUUACAAUGAGUUGUUUUUUGCUUACUAAUACAUUUGCAAUUAUUUCAAUAUAUCAAUGAGAAUCAUUGAACAUUUUAAUUUUAGAUGAAACUUGGGACCUCAAGUUUCUGAACAGGGAGCAUAACAGCUGCAUCUAUGCCUUUGGAAAGGGCAACCCCAAAGGUUGCCCUUGCAGCCGUAUGCACCACACUGAUUAUAACUGGUGCUUUUGAAGCUGUAAGAAUGAUAGUGCUACUGGGGUUUUAAAGCAUCCUUAGUCAUGGUGGCGUGGAAGCAGAUCAUUUAACCUCUCAGAGCUGUCUCUUGUACUCAGUUUUGUACCUUGGCAUCUCAAGCAGACUGUUGUAUUUGAGUGUCAUUAAUAUUUUGUAUUGCCCAUUAUGUGCAACAUGACAGAUUAUGCACAUCUUGUUGUAAUAUUUUAUAUUUUCAUAUGAAAUCGAAAAGCUUUUUUUGUACUCAGACCUGGGCCUUUAUUGCACAUUGAAACUAAAAAAUAAAUAAAUAAUAAAAUAAUUUGCAUUUGGUACUUUUAAAGAAGUCAACCCAAUAAGCAAUCAUUUUCUUUCAUAAAGCAUGUUUUUAUUUUGGAAACCUAUGCCAAGAGAAACGACCUGAUAAGCUAAAGAGCCAUUUAUAGUAUUUUAAAAGGGAACUCAUCUGUUUUUUCUUUGUGGCACAUCAAUACUUUGUAUUUAUGAACAGACAAUGUACAUAAUAUAUCACUAUAUGAGUGUGCUACCAUUGUAUAAUAAUGCUGCUUAUUCAUAAAUAAACUAUUUGCAUGAA